AAGUAAUAGCUCUAAUAGUCUGUUUACAUAUCAGGUUACUGUGAGCAGAUAGAUCAGUAGCUCUGACGCUCCGCGGAGCGACGGGCGUUUCUCUUCCCCUCUGGCGAAUGACUUUACAAAAAGGUGUGCAUUUCGUACUUGGGAAUAGGAGCAGGGCUUCAUUCGCACAUGGCUGGAGUUGGCGGAAAGAGCGCAGUGUCGUUCUCCGUGCUCAAGCGCUCGUUCUCGCUGCGCGGCUCCCCGCGGUCGGUGCUCACUGGCGGGCGGCGCAGCGCGCAGGAAGGGUGGCUGGUGGCCCGUCCUCCUCACCCGCUCAGAGCUCACCGACACCCCGCGUAUGUGUGUUUCUCCUACCAGGACUCCAUGAGCGAAACCCUGCGGACCUGCUACGCGUAUCUGAACCAGACCAGCCGGAGCUUCGCGGCGGUGAUUCAGGCCCUGGAUGGAGAACUGCGGCAUGCCGUGUGUAUUUUCUAUCUGGUUCUGCGAGCCCUGGACACCGUAGAAGACGACAUGACCAUCCCGCUGGAGAAGAAGGUCCCGCUGCUGCACGACUUCCACACGUUCCUGUAUCAGCCCGAGUGGUGCUUCACAGAGAGCAGAGAGAAAGACCGACGGGUCCUGGAGGAUUUCCCUACGAUUUCAGUGGAGUUCAGGAACUUGGGCCAAGAGUAUCAGGACGUCAUUUCAGACAUCUGUCACCGGAUGGGUGUAGGAAUGGCUGAAUUCCUGGAGAAGAAAGUUGCUUCAAUGAAGGAGUGGGACAAAUACUGUCAUUAUGUGGCGGGUCUGGUGGGGAUCGGACUGUCCCGACUCUUCUCUGCGUCCCAGCUGGAGGAUGUUGAGGUGGGCCGGGACACGGAGCUGGCCAACUCCAUGGGUCUGUUCCUCCAGAAGACCAACAUCAUCAGGGACUAUCUGGAGGACCAGCAGCAGGGACGGGCCUUCUGGCCGCAGGAGGCCUGGAGUCAGUUCGCGUCCCGUCUGGAGGAUUUGGCCCAGCCUCAGCACCUGAGCUCCGCCCUGUCCUGUCUCAACCUGCUGGUGACCGACGCCCUCCGCCACGUCCCUGAUGUCAUCGCAUACCUGUCCCGCCUCCGCAACCAGAGCGUCUUCAACUUCUGUGCCAUUCCACAGGUGAUGGCGAUAGCGACUCUGUCUGCGUGCUACAACAAUCCUCAGGUGUUUCAGGGUGUGGUGAAGAUCCGGAAGGGUCAGGCGGUGACGCUCAUGAUGCAGGCCACAAACAUGGGCGCCGUUCAGAGCAUCAUCGCUCAGUACAGUCAGGAGAUCCUGCAGAAAGUUUCCGUCACGGAUCCGUCCCAGGAAAAGACUCUGUGUAUCCUGAAUCUCAUCUGUGAGAAGAGCCUGUCUGGAGCGGCGCUGUCGUCCCGAGCGCACCACAUCUCUCCGAUGUACGUUUCGGCGGCCAUGCUGCUGGCGGCCCUCAGCUGGCAGUACCUUAAUGCCACGGCGGGGCCACCAGGGGGCGCAGACAUGCAGGGACACUGAGACGCUUCCCUCCGAACGCUGACGGCUGAACCUGCCAGAACAACAGGCUUGAGAGGGGUUGUUUUUUUUUAUUUAGGUGAAUCUCACAAAAACACACGUCCAGCUCAUGUUUCACCUCAUUUUUCUCAAGCGAGGAAAAAAUAAGAAAUCAUAUUUUGCAUUAAGAAAAUUAAGCCUAUUAUAAUUUUUAACUUUGUAAAAUAUUUUUUUACACAAAUAAAAUUAAAGAAAACAUAUAUUUUUAUUUAAAAAAUAUAAAUUACAUUUAUAAAAACAUUCAAAUACACAUACAUAUACUUAUAUAAAUUUAUAUAUAUAUAUAUAUAUAUAUAUAUAUAAUUUUAAUUUAUAAUAUAUAUGUAUGUGAAAGUGUAGUUUUUAUAAAAGUAAAUUAUAUUUAUGCAUUUUAUUUAUAUAUAUAUAUAUAUAUAUAUAUAUAUAUAUAUAUAUGUAUAUAUGUAAUUUAUAUGUAUGGUCGUUGGUCAUAUAUAGCUUAAAUAUUUAAUUUCAGUUUUUUUCACUUGUUUUUGUGGUGAAAUAUGACCCGAACAUGUUCCUGAGAUUCAUCUGGUUGUUCGGUGUCCGGUUACAGUAAUUGCGUCUUUGACGGACGUUCUUCAAGCUUCAUUUGAGACUCUCAAAGAAAAUUAUUGUAAAGUCAUUUUCUGACGCUGAGGGUUUUGUUGAUUUUCUGUGUGUUUUUUGUUCCAUCAAACCAUUCUAAAAAAUCAAGCACACGUGCAGAAAACAAUUUUCAUUACAAUAUAAAAAUAAUCUGUCCUUUAGACAGAAAUUUGUUUUGCUUUACCUUUAAUAGUUCGCAAUUACAUGCAGACUGUCAAGCGGUUGCGGUCUGACGAUUAAAAACUAGUGCUGUCAAAUCGAUUAAUCGCAUCUAACAUACAAGUUUGUAAAUAUAUAAUAUACAUAUAUACAUGCAUACACAAACACGUGUGUGUGUGUGUGUGUGUGUGUAUAUAUAUAAUAUAUAUAUAUUACACACACAAACUUUUAUGUUAGAUGCAGUUAGAUGAUUAAUCGAUUUGACAGCGCUAUAAAAACCCUUCAUCACAUGUUAGUUUUGUUGGUGAAACACAUGAAAUCCAUCAUAUUUCACCCCAAAAUCAAUGGAAAAAAGCCUAGUUUUAGGACCAUUAUGAUUUGUUACACUGUAAACUAUUUUAAUGCUUUAAUUUCUGCACAAUUUCUUAGUGCAGUAAAAAAAUAAGGAUGAAAAUAAUGUCCAAAAAUACUUUUUCCCCUCUUGAUUAUGGGGUGGAAAAUGACCCAGACGUGGUUUUGACAGGUGUCAUGUGGUUUUGAAGAUCAUACGUGUGGAAAUGUUUAACGUCCGGUCGGGUCUCAUCUCAACACUGGAUCAUAGUUCUGGUUUUGCACAUGAAUUGGUCCAUUUUCAUCGGGUCAGUUUGAGUAUUCAGUCACUGCGGAGAGCCAGAUAUCUGCCGUGCGACUGUAAAGUGUCCUUAAUAUUCAGCUUUUAUAUGGAAAAGCUUGUACAUACCAACAUUCGGUUUAUUUAGCAUUGCUAUGUAAUGUGGGAGUUUGGUUUGUAAAUAAAUGUAGAGAUAAUGAAUAUA